CCCCUCUUUGGUUAGACUAUUAGGCAAACUGCAGCAGAACACAAAUAGAAGGAAGAAUUGAUUAAAAAAACCAAAUGAAAGUACCAUGUAGAAUCAUCCUCUGAAGUCAUUACUAACUGGUAGUACAGAUUCUUCUGUACAGACCAGUUGUAAGUUGUCUGGAUCACUAUGAAGUGCUGGUUGGUCUGUUCCAUUGCAUUUCUGCUGUCGGGAUGCUGUCUCUCACAAGAUGAAACAACCAUCUGUGUCCUCUUUGACAUACCUAAUGGUUUUUUUAUUGAAUCAACUGGAAGUUUUAAUAUUAGUAAUACAACAACCUAUGGCUGCCAGACUGGCUUCACAACUCCACAAGGACUACCCAGAGGAGAGACAACAUGUCUUCUAGAUGGAUGGGUACCCAAACCAGAAUGUAUCAAGACGUGCCCAAAGCCAAUGGACGAGAACAUUAUCUUUAGCACAACUAAACCAGCUGCAUUACUGGAGGAAAAACUGAUCUUUGAAUGUACAGAUGGACAUGAAACCAUUAAUAAGAAAAGAGGUGGCCAAGCAGUAUGCACACUGACAGGAUGGAGUCCAAAGCCUCAGUGCCUAUCUAUAGAAUGUGAAAUACCCAUUCUGGAGCAUGGAAGCAUUCAUCCAAGAAAAGAUCAAUAUGUGAACAGAGAUGUGGUGAAAUUUUCCUGUAUCAGAGGAUACACAAGAGUGGGUUCUGACUCUGCACAGUGUUAUCACUUUGGAUGGUCCCCACCGCCUCCAACUUGUAAAGAAAAUGUUACCCCUUGUCAGCAACCACCCAGGAUUUCACAUGGCAAUCUUAUUGGUGACCUUCACGAAGAAUAUCAGCAUGGGGAGAAGGUGGCUUAUGAGUGUGACAUCCGUUUUGGAAUGGUUGGAUCAAGCACUGUAGAAUGUGUUGAUGGAGAAUGGAUGUUUUUGCCAUCAUGCAUAGAGGAAGAAAAAUCAUGUGGACCACCUCCCAAUAUCACAAAUGGGCAUCCUGUCAUUGUUGACAACAAAAACAAAUACUGGCAUGGUGAAACUGUGCAAUAUGUUUGUGACCAAACCUUUGUCAUUCUUGGGACCAAUGUAGCCAGGUGCCUUCAUGGACAGUGGGAGGUACCUUCAUGUACAGAUGGUGCAGCAAAAUGUAGACGUCCAAAGAAUGCAAAAUUUGUACCAUAUGCUCCUCUUACAAAGAUGUUUGACAAUGGCACAGCUGCAAACUAUAUGUGUGGUUCCAGUCUUCAUACAACACAAUGUAAUCAUGGAAAAUGGUCACCUGAACCAGAAUGCAAUGUUAAAGAACUUUGUCCACCACGCCCUCAGCUUCCUAAUGCUAUCAAUGAAAUUGAGAUGAAAAACUACAGAAGUGGUGAAGAGAUAAGCUUCACGUGUAAGGAGCAUUUUCGUCUUCAAGGUCCCCAAAAAAUAUUGUGUAAAGAUGGAAGUUGGCAGACGCCCCCACGCUGUGUUGAUGCAGAAGGAAGAUGUGGUCGCCCACCUUCUAUAGAAAAUGGAGAUAUUUCAGACACUCUAAUGACAGACUAUAUGUCAGGUGCAACAGUGCACUAUAAAUGUUUACUGUUCUACCGAAUGGAAGGAGUCCCAACAGUACAUUGUCACAAUGGUACCUGGACAGAAAGGCCAAGGUGCACAGAGGCUUGUACAAUAACUGAAGAAGAUAUGAGUUAUAACAAUAUAAGCUUGAAGUUGGCAGUGGGUCCAAAACUGUAUAUCGAAUCUGGAGAAACAGUAGAGUUUAUCUGCAAAAAGGGCUAUCAGGCAAAUCCAACCUCCUCUCCAUUCAAAGCACUCUGUACUGCAGGCAGGAUGGAGUAUCCAGUAUGCAUAGAGGCAGAUUGAGUGAAUCCGAAGAAGCAUACAGCUGCUACUUGGAAACAUCACAAUUUUCCAAACAUCUUUUUUUUCAAAAUGCCAUAUGUAUCUAUUGUUGUAGUUAUAUUUUCAAUAGUUAAUAGAUAAAUGUUGAAGAAGUUGGUGACACUGUUGCUUUGGGUUAAUUUAUCCAUGCAGAGUUUUUGCAAGAACUACUCUAGGUUUUACAGGAUCUGACCAAUGUGCUGAAUUUAUUUCGGAAAUAGAAUUUGGCAUCUUGAACAGCUUCCACAAAGUUUAAGAGUAGCUUUCAUGAAACACAACAUGGAUUUGAUAUUGAACGCGCCCCCCCCCCCAAUCAAAUGAUCAAAUUGUAUGAACUUGAUACUGUGGCGAAGCAUUUCGCAGGUUAACAUAGUUUUUAUAUUAUCCAAAUGAAUUAUGCCAACCUAUGACGGUCCGAGCAGAUUCAACAGCAGCCAACAGCACCCAGAGAACACUUCUAUCCUCCUUAUUCCUUUUAAUUUUAAUAAAUGAAGUUACUUUUAA